AUGCGGAGAAAAACUUCUCGAAAACACGACAACGCCACCCUCACGGUUUCCCUAAACGGUAUUUGCAAGCAAGCGGAUUUUCUUCUAUUAGCCUGCAUCUUUCACAAAUUGAAGAACUACGUCCAACUGAGACAGCAAGACACACAUCUCAAGAGAUGUGCAGUACUCCUGAAGCAUCAGGCCAUCAAAAAGAUUGUGACGGAUCACUUUAUCCGUUGGCUCGGCAACACGCAACGCCAAAUCAGCAUCCGGUCCGGACAACGUGAGCCCACAAAGAUUGUUGUACUUCCUCGAGCCCAGGACUUUAUCAAUUUGGGUCUUCGUUACCUGGCGCGAUGGCGCCUUUGGCUCCGAUACCUGCGGCAGCGUCAGCACCGGAAUGUGACGCUUCUUUACGACAAGGUAACGGAGGUCAGGCACCACAAGUUCUUUUUUAAGUGGUACUGUUUUCUCUCUGAAGGGCAAAAAAAGAGCUUUUUGUUAAGAAUUCAUAACCUAGAAUCUGAAAACAUGCUUCGAGCAGAAUAUAUUGCAGAGCUGGAAAAUACACUCCAAAAACAGAAUAAAAGCAUCAAUAACCUCACAAAAGACGCAGAAAAACUUCAGGAGCAAAAAAAAAAGCAACAAACCGAAAUCAAAUGCAUCAAAGAGGCAAUGGAAAUGGCAAUAACAAAACUUGAAAAGAAAUCUACUGAGGUGCCGGGUACCAAAACACUACAUGCAGCCGAGGAGAUGGCUCGGUAUGGGGAUGACGUGCCCCUUCGAUUGCUGACUAGCUGUACGGAUGCGGCCAACGCGCUUGAGAAGCUGCGGAAGGCACUGCCAGACGGUUUCGUGUCUUCGGGCGGGAAGGAAGGCAUUGCAGACGUCAUUUGUCAGCAGACGAAGGCGCUACAGGGCUAUACAAGCAGGAUGGAAAAUGAGCUUGCUGCCCUGCGCAGCUCCGACAAGGAACUGCGGCAGCUGGUGGAGGAUCUCCGAGCACAUGACGAGCGUUGGGAGCUCAACCCUAAACGCACAGCGAGGGCCGCCAAAACUCACCAGAAGCGGCAGCUGGAGGGCAGUGACUGGGGCACCGUGCUGCGGUCCAGGCCGGUGGAGCUGCAGCGCGCGCUCAUCACCGAUGCUGCGGACGCAUGCCACGUUGAACCGGAGUGCAUCACGAACGUUGUCAUGGCGGCGGAUGGACUUCUGAGCUUUGACGUGCAGCAUGACCCCUCGGUGAGUGCGGAGGAACUCAGUGGGCGAGUCAAUGAGUACCCGUUCCGCACCGUGAGACGGGUGUACCAACGCCGUACCGCACCUAAGGAUGGAUUGGACCUGUUAGAGGAGCAACUUGCAGAAAAGGAGCAGAAGGUGGUGGAGCUUCGUGAGUUUAUGGAGAUGGCCGUCACGACUCUCGGGAAUCCGGACGCCGCGCCGCGGGUGUCUGAGGUGCGAAGUGCAGCCGAGGAGAUGGCUCGGUAUGGGGAUGACGUGCCCCUUCGAUUGCUGACUAGCUGCACGGAUGCGGCCAACGCGCUUGAGAAGCUGCGGAAGGCACUGCCAGACGGUUUCGUGUCUUCGGGCGGGAAGGAAGGCAUUGCAGACGUCAUUUGUCAGCAGACGAAGGCGCUACAGGGCUAUACAAGCAGGAUGGAAAAUGAGCUUGCUGCCCUGCGCAGCUCCGACAAGGAACUGCGGCAGCUGGUGGAGGAUCUCCGAGCACAUGACGAGCGUUGGGAGCUCAACCCUAAACGCACAGCGAGGGCCGCCAAAACUCACCAGAAGCGGCAGCUGGAGGGCAGUGACUGGGGCACCGUGCUGCGGUCCAGGCCGGUGGAGCUGCAGCGCGCGCUCAUCACCGAUGCUGCGGACGCAUGCCACGUUGAACCGGAGUGCAUCACGAACGUUGUCAUGGCGGCGGAUGGACUUCUGAGCUUUGACGUGCAGCAUGACCCCUCGGUGAGUGCGGAGGAACUCAGUGGGCGAGUCAAUGAGUACCCGUUCCGCACCGUGAGACGGGUGUACCAACGCCGUACCGCGCCUAAGGAUGGAUUGGACCUGUUAGAGGAGCAACUUGCAGAAAAGGAGCAGAAGGUGGUGGAGCUUCGUGAGUUUAUGGAGAUGGCCGUCACGACUCUCGGGAAUCCGGACGCCGCGCCGCGGGUGUCUGAGGUGCGAAGUGCAGCCGAGGAGAUGGCUCGGUAUGGGGAUGACGUGCCCCUUCGAUUGCUGACUAGCUGUACGGAUGCGGCCAACGCGCUUGAGAAGCUGCGGAAGGCACUGCCAGACGGUUUCGUGUCUUCGGGCGGGAAGGAAGGCAUUGCAGACGUCAUUUGUCAGCAGACGAAGGCGCUACAGGGCUAUACAAGCAGGAUGGAAAAUGAGCUUGCUGCCCUGCGCAGCUCCGACAAGGAACUGCGGCAGCUGGUGGAGGAUCUCCGAGCACAUGACGAGCGGUGGGAGCUCAACCCUAAACGCACAGCGAGGGCCGCCAAAACUCACCAGAAGCGGCAGCUGGAGGGCAGUGACUGGGGCACCGUGCUGCGGUCCAGGCCGGUGGAGCUGCAGCGCGCGCUCAUCACCGAUGCUGCGGACGCAUGCCACGUUGAACCGGAGUGCAUCACGAACGUUGUCAUGGCGGCGGAUGGACUUCUGAGCUUUGACGUGCAGCAUGACCCCUCGGUGAGUGCGGAGGAACUCAGUGGGCGAGUCAAUGAGUACCCGUUCCGCACCGUGAGACGGGUGUACCAACGCCGUACCGCGCCUAAGGAUGGAUUGGACCUGUUAGAGGAGCAACUUGCAGAAAAGGAGCAGAAGGUGGUGGAGCUUCGUGAGUUUAUGGAGAUGGCCGUCACGACUCUCGGGAAUCCGGACGCCGCGCCGCGGGUGUCUGAGGUGCGAAGUGCAGCCGAGGAGAUGGCUCGGUAUGGGGAUGACGUGCCCCUUCGAUUGCUGACUAGCUGCACGGAUGCGGCCAACGCGCUUGAGAAGCUGCGGAAGGCACUGCCAGACGGCUUCGUGUCUUCAGGGGAAUUUGACUCUAUUGUCGAUGUUGCGUGCAAUCGAGCCGCUGAACUGAAUGAUAAGGUUGUACAGUUGUUGAAGGAAUUGCAGGAUUCCAAGAGUUUUGCGGUAUUUUUGCGUGAAGUCUUGCAGGAGGCAGCGUCAAGGAUUUUGGUGUUGGCGAAUUACACGCCUUUUUCUCACCCACCAUCUCUAUUUAAGACAUUUGACGAAAAGGUUGCUUCGCUGUCGUGGUGUGGCUCAGAAAUUAAUCUUGAUGCGUUUGAAGGCUCCCCCGAUGCAAGAGAUUCUCUGGAUGUCGUGAAGGAUCACUUGUUGCAAGAUCUUAGUCUGACAGCCAAUGGGCCCUCUACAGCGGGUGUGCUACGCUCUUUUAAUGGGGCUUUGGGGCAGAUGUAUGAGAUGCUGACGAGAUGCAAGAAAUUCUUCUUGGAGCAGGAGAGGUUGGCAGGGCAGGAGGGAGAGAAAAGAGUGUUACUGGUCAAAGCUGUGAAAGACGCCGUCGCGGCGCUACAGGGAUGGUCAGUUGCGUCCGGUGGUUUUGCCACGGAGGGGAUGGAUGAACUGCAGCUUGUGACAGACAUGAGGCAAGAGAGUGAGGUGGCCUCCAACACACUUGCACGUUUGCGGCAGCUACUGAGUGGGAAGGCAGUGGGGAAGAAGGUGGGCUCUGGCAGCUUGAACGAGUUGCACGGUGAUGAGUCCCUUAUUGUGCAGUUGCCUGUUAUUGAGACGCAUGAAGAUCUCUUAAAUGCCGUGUCGAAAGUGUACGACCGGCUCCAGGAGGUCGGCCAGGCGUACAAUGAUAUUUACUCUGCAUUUAUUCAAUUUGUUCCAGAACCCUCUCCGAUUAUUAACGACAUGAGUUGGAACGUCAGUUGUGUAGCACCGCCAACGAGCCUUUCUUAUGACCCGGUUAAGCGAGCCGAGUUUGUCAUCCGCGGUAUGCACAGCUACAUCGAGGGGAAAGGACGGGAAGUGAAGGAGCUUCGAGGUGUGAUGCGUCGUGGCAUUGUGGCUCUUGGCGGUGCCGAGGAAUCCGAUACGGACGACGAUCUCAUGGACCAGCGAAGGAGUGCGGCGAAGAGUACGGCGGUGGGAGAGAAGCUCGCAGUGCUCUGCCGUGAAACCGGCGACGCCAUCGAGGACACCAGAAAGGCACUUGGGUUACCGAAUGAAGGCAAGUUAAGGCUACCGGCAGUGAUCUCCAACCUAGAGGAAAAAAUGCAGGAGCUGGAUCUUGUCACGAUGGAGUCUGCAUUGCUGGUGAGGGAAGUAAGAAGCACCCAUACCGAUACACAAGAAAGCUCUUCAAACCUAUCGCGAAAUCUGAGACCCAAACGGAAGCCAGCAGCACUGGUGGUAGAUGAUUUGAAAUCGGGUUGGACGAACGCGGUGAGGCCUCUCCAUCCAAGUCUCUCUUCCGCUGAGGCAGGAACACCCAAUUUGAAACCCGAUGAGCUCCUUCGGCAGAUGCGAAUUGAACUACAGGAUAAGAAUGCUGAAAUACGGGAGCUUUUCGGGGCUUGUCGCACAGUUGUCAGUCUUCUCGAUGGCUCUUACAAGGCGAAUGUUCAACCGCCGCAGUGUGAGGGUGCACUUGUGCCGCUCCUCACCACACAAGCUGAGGAAUUGGAACGGGCACUGCGGCUUGCAGAGGAAGUUAUUUCUUCCUUUGAGGUGCAGGGUACCAGUGGCGUCGGCAACUACCUCACACUGCUUGCGUCGCAGUUAGCAUCGCUACGCAUCGAGAAGGAAAAACUACAAGAAGAAAUGAACAAACACAAAAAGGAAAACACACAGCUGGUGACUGAAUUUAAUGAGGAAAUUAGUUGCCUUAAGAAGCAAAACGAAAUCCUGCUCAAAAGACUGAAGUCCCUGCAGGAAAAACUGGGGGCACUUGAAAAAUUACGGCAUCUUCGAGCAAAAGAGAUGAUGGAGAUAUUACGCUUGAGAACAGUAAAAGAACACCUCGGUAGAAGUGUAAUAUUGUGGUUAGGAAAAGUCGUUGCCACGUGCACUGCAGAAGCACGCGGCGCCGCUAAUGAGCAGAAAAGGCUUUCUAUUGCCAUUGUCCAGAAGCAGCAUCAGCAGAACCAACUUGCAAAAUUACUCGCAAUUGCCCUUCACUCGCUGCCAGGGGAAAAAACAACAAACGCCGAUGUGUUGGACACAGAGAAUGCAUUGAUACAGUGCGCACUGGAAGACGAGGGUGCCGCUCUUGAGGCUUUUGCGCGGAAGCGACUCGAUGCGGCCAAAGUGUGGAUGCAGUCAUUUUUAAGAGCCCUUUCCAGUGUGGUGUCGCUUCGGGCGGAUACCGUAGCUCUCCGCCAGUUGAUAGCAAAUUGCUGGCGUGGGAGAUUGGAGGAGGCGUACGGCCAGGUAUUGAACGCAGCCUUUAAGGAGAUUGCAGAUUUUGACAAACAGAAAAAAAUGGAGUGUGAUUUCCUGCGAAAUCGUGCGCGGGACCGGGAGGAGAUUGCGCGUGAAAACAGGAGUCUUUCCUGUGAGAUUGCUGGUAUGAAGGAGCAGUUGGGUCUGGCGCAAGAUUACAUGGCGUUGCAGGACGAAAAAAUUAUUAAACUACAACGGGAGAACAGGGACCUCCGGAUUGGCGGUGUGUUACGCCGGGAGGAGAAGGAGAGCAACACUUCCACCGAUGCCACCCCCUCAAAAAGUCUCCGUGGCGGUUCCGGGGUGGAGCGCAUAAUGAUUGCGCGGGCAAAAAAACUGGCGCUAGAGGCGAUCAACGCCAUGGCGGGGAAAAACUUGGCGGCGUGCAUUGGGGAAGUGGCUGAGCUCACGCUGGAGAUGUACCGUCGCACCUCAGCCGCUCUUGAGGACGUCUACAACGCCCAGAAUGCGCCGCUUGGUCCACUUUCUGCAGUGGUAGAGGCACGGCUGCAGGAGCUACAAAAUAUGCGUGGUGUUCAGAAUGAUAUUGUGGCGCGCCUUCCCGAGUUAUUUCGGGUACCAUAUGUCAAUUGA